GUUCCUUGGUCAAGGCAGUCAGCAAGGGAGAUUGGAUUCUCUUGGACGAGAUUAAUUUGGCUUCGACGGAAACGCUAGAGUGCAUAAGUGGUUUACUUCAAGAUUCUGAAAGCUCUCUAUUGUUGACCGAGAAAGGUGACUCAAAACCAAUUUCUCGCCAUCCAAAUUUUCGCGUCUUUGCAUGCAUGAAUCCGGCAACUGAUGUCGGCAAACGCGAUCUACCCCCUGGACUGCGAAGUCGAUUUUCUGAAUUCUAUGUCCAUCCACCGGAUAAUAAUCACGAUGACUUGCUGGCCAUAGUGAGACAAUAUUUGGCUGGUUGUACCCAUGGUGAUGAACGGGCUUGCGCCGACAUAGUUGAAUUCUACAUGUCGGUAAAAGAUUUUGUACGUCAGCAUAAACUUGCCGAUGGUUCAAAUCAGACGCCCCACUUUAGUAUGAGAACUCUCACACGUGCUCUAACAUUUACCUCUCACAUCGCGCCAACUUAUGGACUUCGACGUUCCAUAUACGAAAGCUUCGUCAUGACCUUCGUGACACAGCUUAAUAAAGAAAGUGAAAUUAUUAUUCGAGAUCUAUUACGAAAACAUUUGUUGGGUAGCGUAAAAAAUCCCGCGGCACUUUUGCGGCAAAUCCCUGGGGAACCCUCGGAUGGAAGAUACCUUCAGUUCGGAAGUUUUUGGCUUAGGAUGAGUGAUCGUCCAUCGGAAGAAAUUCCUCAUUAUAUAUUGACGCCUUCUGUAAGAAAAAAUUUAGAAAACCUUUCGAGGGUUGUUAUGAGUAACCGAUACCCCGUUCUUCUCCAAGGUCCAACUUCUGCCGGAAAAACCAGUAUGGUUCAUUAUCUGGCCAAACUGACGGGACAUCGUUUUGUGAGAAUCAAUAAUCACGAGCACACCGAUCUUCAAGAAUAUAUUGGCUCCUACAUUUCAAACUCCGAGGGAAAACUAGAAUUCCAAGAGGGCAUACUCGUCGAAUCCUUAAGGAGGGGAUACUGGCUUGUUCUGGAUGAAUUAAAUCUGGCACCCACGGACGUGUUGGAGGCUUUAAAUCGACUUUUGGACGAUAACAGAGAAUUACUGAUUCCGGAGACUCAGGAGGUCAUCAAGCCACAUAACGAUUUCAUGCUUUUUGCGACUCAGAAUCCACCGGGAUUGUACGCCGGUCGUAAGGUGCUUUCACGUGCAUUUCGUAAUCGAUUUGUGGAAUUACAUUUCGACGACAUUCCCGAAGACGAAUUGGAAACUAUUUUGUCGGAGAGGUGCAAAAUUGCGCCUUCUUAUUGUAAGCGUCUGGUUCAAGUAUACAAACAGUUGGCGGGAAGACGUCAGGGAACUCGUAUAUUCGAGCAAAAACAUGGAUUUAUCACUCUGAGAGAUUUAUUUCGUUGGGCCGAAAGAGGUGCGGUUGGGUAUCAAGAGUUGGCAGAGCACGGAUAUAUGCUUCUGGCCGAACGA